AUCAGCAGUUUUUGGAGGCUGUGAAUUUAUUAUCUAAUAAAGAUUUUGAGAUUCUCUUUAAUAGUUUAGAGCAUGAAAUUGCAAAAGCCUUAGAAUCUUUCAAAAAUGGUUUUCACCAUACUUCAUUUACCAUUGGCAGUUUAAUUGAAAAUUUUGAAGAUGAUAGAAAUAAUGGAAUUACAGAUGACUUUGGUUUAA